AUGACGGGGAUAACGGUGGAACAAGUGCUACAAGUGUUGCAGGUGUUUUUCUUCCCGAACGGAGACAAUGUCAGCAAAAAGGACGCAGACUCGUGGCUAGACAACUUUCAGAAAACGUCAGCUGCUUGGACCAUUGGGGAUCAACUUUUACGUACGGAUAGCUUGCCGUUGGAAGUUCGGAUAUUCGCUGCACAAACGAUGCGUCAAAAGAUAGAAUUCGAUCUUGACCAGCUUGAUGUCACCGCGCGUCAGUCUCUCCGAGACUCACUACUGACACUUCUCCACCACUAUCGAGCUGGACCAAAACCAAUGGUGACGCAGCUCUGCCUUUCGUUGGCCGAUCUAGCAAUUCAAAUGGUCGAGUGGGACGAUCCAAUUCAACAUCUUAUUACCAUGUUUGGUAAAGAGGGUGAGAUGGUUGGACCCUUGCUAGAAUUUCUCGGUGUCUUACCAGAGGAAUGCGGCUACAAUAAGAAGAUCCAAAUGGAUGAGGACGAGCUCAUCUGUCGUGCAGAUAAAAUAUUGCACGAACACGCGACUGAGGUGUUAAGUCUUCUUAUGUACUAUCAUGGUCAUGCAGGUAACUUGAUACGAUCGGGUGAUAUCAAAAUAGCAUCUCUUGCGGGAACACCAGUCGUUGGCCUUGCAUUUGAUGCAUUAGCGUGCGAACCGCUCUUCGACGUUGCUUCUGACCUAGCCUGUGAAAUCAUUUACCGGUCCGGCAAGAACGGGAAAGAAGAAAGCAUUAUACACGCAGUCUACCCGCGCUUGCUACCCUUGCGAAAGAAGCUGGAGGACAGCAAGGACGAUCCUGAAACAGUACGAGGCCUUUGUCGGAUUUUUGAGGAUGCAGGGGAAGCGUGGACUAGUUUGAUUGCCACAAAUUAUGAAGCAUUCGAGCAUGUUGUGGGUGGUCUGCUACAAUGCGCUGCUUACGAGGAGCUGGAUAUAGCCAAAAUUACCUUUCUUUUCUGGGAAUACCUUGCGAAUGAAGUCAUCCUUGCUGCGAACGCGGCCCACCGCCCAAAAUUUUAUCCCGUAUACCGGCAACUUAUCGACGUCAUGAUCAAACAUCUACAUUAUCCUAAUGACCUUGCAGAGUGGACCGCGGAAGAACGUGACGAAUUUCGCGAGUUUAGACAUGAAAUGGGCGACGUUUUGAAGCAAUGUGUGAAAGUUCUUGGGGAAGAAGAGGCUCUCUCACGACCCUAUUCCAUGUUGAGUGCCUUAUGCGUAGCAGGCAGCAACGGCGCGUUUGAUCCAUCAGUGCAAUGGCAAAAGAUUGAAGCGCCGCUCUUCUCGUUGCGGACAAUGUGCCGUGAAGUCAGUCAAAAUGAAUCACAAGUCUUACCAAGGAUUAUGGAAAUGCUACCACAACUGCCAGAUCACGCAAAGAUCAAAUAUGCGGCCAUCCUCGUGAUUGGCCGAUAUGCUGAAUGGACUGCACGGCACCCCGAGUUUAUAUCCUAUCAGCUUACGUUCGUUUCACAAGGUUUCGAAGAGGAUGAAGCGGUAGCCGCAGCGGCGCAGGCCAUGAAGUAUCUUUGUAAAGCAUGUGCACCGCAAUUGGUAAAUUACCUUAGUCAACUGCAUCUCUUCUACUUUAAUAUCGUGAAGAAGUUGAAGCGAGAGCAAACAUACGAUUUGACCGAAGCGAUCGCCCAUGUGUUGGCUGCUGUUCCUGUAAGCGAGUCACUGACGGCAAUGCAAACCUUUUGUCAUCCCAUUGCACAGCGAUUGCACGAAAUAGCAUCAACCGAUGGAAAUGCGUCAGAUGGCGAUGACACACCGAUAGUAAAGGAAGCCGUUGCAUUGCUCGAUCAGCUUGGAACAUUGAUCAAAUUCGUCAAACCACCACACAACCAUCCUCUAAACCAACCAUUCCCCCGCUGCUUCUGUUAUGCAAGAGAUAUGGCCAGUGGUCGACAUGCUGAUGAACAAUGGGAUAUUGUACCAAUUUUGAUGCAAAUGAUGACGCGAACUGUCGCCCUCUUCGAUCAGACAGGAUUACCGUGCUAUUUGUGGGUCUCAUGGCGCUGUGUCCGUGUUUAUGGCAAUGACGAGAGAGAGGAAGGGAAAACGGUGUUUGGCAUUGUGGAAACAUUGACGGCGUCGACCUUUAGGAUGAUACAGUCGUCGGCGGAUAAGCUGGAAAAUAUUCCAGAUGUGAUUGAAGAAUACUUCCGACUAGUAGAGGAGCUACUGGAGCAAUGCCCCACCUUGUUUUGUCAAUCCAGCUUGUUACCUUCACUUUUCAAUUGCGCGAUGGCUUGUCUCGCUAUUCAACAGCUCGAAGCAUUGUCAGCCGUUAUUUCAUUCCUAAAGAGCUUAUUUAAGUGUGCGUCGCCCCGAAAUCGAUCCAAUCCCCUUCCCCAAACGAUGGUGGAUCCUCUUGUUCACGUCAUACGGACAAACGUGGUACAAUUCGUACAGCUGGUGUUCAAUGGAUUGUUGUACACGUUCCCAAGAGCGAGGGAGGUUUUUGCGGAUGUGGCAACGAUAUUCAAGUACAUGUUAGAUGCGGUACCGGACGACGGCGCACGAGCAAUAGAGGCUGUGAUCAAGAGCUUCCCAGACGGACAAUUGUCAGCGAAGGACAAGGACGAGUUCCUACAACGAUUUGCUAGUGCGAACUCUGACUUUGACGAUGAAAAGAAGCUGUCAGGCGUACUCAAGGACUUUACAGCAAUGUUCCGUCGACGAAAUCUCAUCAGCGGCCGAGGAAGAGCACAUUGA